AUGUCGUCUUCCAUAUCAUCAUCUACAUCAAGCAUAUCGGUAUGCAACAAGUCGCUUGAGAGAAAAGUUCGUAAGCCAAAAAUUGAAAAGUUACGACGAGCCCGUAUUAAUACAUCGCUUGAACAAUUGAAAGAAAUUUUAUUGCGCAACACAAUUUGGAAACAUACUCAAGGAUCACGUCCCACAAAGUUAGAAAAAGCUGAUAUUCUCGAGAUGAGUGUACGCUAUAUUGAAAUGUUACAUGACAAGUUAUCGACUGAAAAGUCAUCAUCAAAAUUGAUGGAAAAAUCGUUGGAACGAAAUAUUACAAUGGAAACAGUAAAGGCGAUAAAAUGUGAAGCAUUUCGCGACAUAUCCAAUCAAAUGAAUAAUUUAAAUGAAAAAAGUAAUCGUCAACAAAUCAUCAGUGAUGAGAGAUCAUUACUGUCAUCACCAUUAUGGUACUACAACCGAUUUAAUGUACAUCAACGAAAUUUAAGCACAAGCACUAAUAGCAGUGAUAAUGUUAGUGAUAAAGAGAAUUUCAUUGUCAAUAAGAUGAGACAAUUUAAUGAAAAUGUUUCAUCAAUCUCGACAUCAACGCACCAAUCAAUUUUUUCAUCAUCUUCCGAACGCCAUUGGAGACCAUGGUAA